UGCUAAUACCAUGUAAACAAAUGAAGCCCAUUUGCUUGUAUAGUACAGCGAAUCAUCACAACGGAGUGGAGGAGCAGUAUAACUUCAUUCACAAUUUUUCGUAGAUAGAAAUUGUUCAUGAGAUGUUCAUUGGACAUCUCUAGCCUGUUCUUGAUUUUCGAAUAUUACCAAGAGCUGCAGCGGAACUGCGGAAACGCAUUUGAAAUUGCUCGAAGUGAGGUUGCAUCGCGUGAAGGUUUCUGUAUCUUGCCUUCAGUGGUUUCUAUCUUAAAGCGGUGGACCUGGGUGCGUGUAUUCCUAGUGCGUGUGGCGGUAGUCGUUCCAACAGUCCUAUAAGGUGUAUGAGGCCGAAGGACCUUAAAUAUGUGAUACGCGUGCAUAUUGUUACCAACAGCUUGGAACGGAGCUGGUGCUCACAAUGACCAAGACUUUAGAAAAGGAGUUUCAUGCCCUGUUCAGGCCACCACCAGCAUCAACUGAGAGGCGAAAAGAUGCACGAAACCGGAUCGGCAAACCCCCUAAGGGGCUUGCAGAGAAAGGCGGUGUGUUGGCGAGUAGUUCGGAACAGGGUUUCCAUCCCCUCGACCAUCGGGCCUUUCUCGAGCUCCGGCCAAACCCAUCACCGUUUGCCAUAUUUGCUGCGAUUCGAGCUUGCAUUCAGGCUGCGGAAAGGCGGUCCGGAAUUUCCGACAAAGUCGCCCACCAAAAAGCGGACGGGGAUUCGUCUGUGGCAGACAUUUCCGAUGACAAAAAAACGACGCAAGGCGUUCUCCCGUUACCGCGCCUAGUUGUGAUGGGCAUCCACGGAAUGCUGGAUGUAAUUCGGGACAGUUGUCAGGAACAUCCUGAUCUAUGUGCUCGUGCUCUACGGGGCUUGUUUGACACUUUGCAGGGUCUGGCUCCUGAGGUGAUGAGAAAUGAGCCUCGCGAGGCGAUAGAUAAAUUAUUUUCGUUGAUGCUGGAACUGUCAUCUAUGGAUGAAGUGUCUCCGGAGUUGAGCUCGAUCUCAUCGGGAUGUCUCAUAUCAUUGGCUAUUGCAUCAGGAGAGACGGCCAAACUUCUAGCAGCUGCUAACUGUCUGCUGUUAACAUUACCUGACAACUCCGCUCAAACGCGUGUACUGCCGACUCCACUGAUUUUAGUAGGAUUGCAGCGUUCCCUUCAUUCAAUGCUAACUGGUGCCCCGGGUCGUCCUUUGCCUCGGUGGUUUCAUCUUGGGAUACCCCCGCUACCAACUGACUCAUUUCAAAUAAAUCUUCCAUUAGAGCUAGAUUCUGGUAAAGACUCGAGCCGAAGGGAAUCACCGUGUUCCCUUGCAUCAGACGGUCGAUUCAUUUACCUUUUGCAGUCCGGAGCUCUUUACAAAAUUAGUAAUGGAUUCGGAGAUUCCAUUGAGGGCAACGUAUUAGUGAUGAACCGUCAUCUGGGACGCUCUGAAGGCGUCGUGUGGGUUGGUGUUGUGGCUGAUGAUUUGGUGGGUGUAGCCAUGGAAUCGGAAAUUAACGGCGUGAGUGCUAACAAAGGCUCGAUGCGAAAAGGGACAUACUCGAUUGUUUUCCUGGAUAAAGAUACUCUCCAAGUUUCGCGUCGGAUGUCGCUUGCCAGCGGAAUGACGAUUCCACUAGUAAACACUCUGUUCAGCGACGGCCAGUCGGUGUGCAGUAUUUUGCCCCAUGAAGAAGCAUUUUCGAUUCAGACGAUAUUUCGGCCACUCACGGCCGCCGAAGACAGUGAUGAGCCGAUACGAGCGACGGCAGCUCCGAUGUCAGCUGCAACUGCGUCAGAAGCUUCCCGAACCGCUGAAAUGCUGCUCAAACUAACAAAAAAGUCGAUGCUCGUUUACGGCCACGGUAUCAUUGCCGACAUCAGUAGGAGCGAUAUAGCAAGCAAACAACUUCAAGCUCAGGUGGGAGCUGGAUGUGGCGGGCAACCACCGCAGUCCAAACAGCAUCAAUUCGCGUCGAAGCAAGCUUCGGCACUUCAGCAGGAUGACAGUAAAAUGCCAAUCGUUCUUUCUGCUGUAUUAGGCGCUGGUUCAGAAUCAGAGGAAGCUGACAUUGUGGCUUGUGGAAAGGAUUUCGCUCUGGUGCGUGGAGCUGCUGGAACUAUGUGGGCAGCUGGUCGUGUAGCAGCUCUUGGAAUAAAGCAAGGGUCGGAUCGAUGGCCUAGCAUGAAUUUAUCCGCCCGAAGGGUUGCCGUAGGUCACGAUGGAAGUCAUGCGGUUUUUCUCGCUCCUGAUGGAGCCGUCUGGUUCGCUGGAACAGCACGUCGAGGCGAAGAUGGUGAUCCUGUCAAAGGAAAACGACAGCCCAAAACCACCAAACCAAGGAAAAUCACAAAGCUUGAAGGUGUUGAGGCAGUGGACGUCGCUUGCAAUAAUGGGACAACGGCUGUGGUAACGUCAGCUGGCGAUUUGUUGAUGUUCGGAAAGGACGCAGCAGGUCAUACGGAGCCGAACACGGGUCUCGUUGCAGGAGUUAAAGACGUGAUGCAAGUAUGUCUGGGAAAGGCCCAUGUAGUGGCCGUAACUCACUCGGGAGCUGUGUACACAUUUGGUGUGAACCAUAAAGGGCAGUGCGCGAGGGAGCUGGCUGCGGGGUGUUCUAUCUCUGCUACUGGAUCCGCGGAUAUUUCAGAGGUGUCCAUUACUACGGCGAGCAGUGCUGAUUCGUUAGUUGAUGUCGAAGGUGCAGUAGCGACUAUAGGAUCCGGAGACGAGCAGGGCCCGUCUGGGGGUGUUUCCGAUGGUUCACUCAGAGAAGUUCAGCCAGUUCUUGGCGGCUGUCCGCCCCACCAGUUUGUAUCUCAAAAUUGCCGCAUCUGCACCGGGUGCUUUCAAUGCACGGGUUAUGGAUCACAUUGUAUAGCCUCGAUGAGCUUACCCCCCGGCGCUCAGAGACUACCCGGCGGCCAAUGCGGUUGCGGCGUGGGUGAUGGGGGAUGUAUUCAUUGCGGACUUUGUCAAGUUUGUUGCACCCCACGCGAGGACGGCGCCCCUUCCGCUGUGGUUCUUUUGCCAUCCCCAGCGUCCGGGCAAGCCGAUGCGCCGCCAUCGGCUGCAACCGCGACAGCUGGACAAGUGACCGAAUCGAUAGUAUCUGGGCCACCUGCCCAGGCUGCAGCUCCGUUUGUCGCUACUGCUUCCUGUGAACAAAACCAAAGACUGGCCGCAGCUAUGAAUACGUUAGCCGGUAGCGGAGUAAAUGCUCUUGGAUAUCCUCCUGGGGAAAUUGCAGCAAUUUAUCGAAAAAAUCAGGAACGAAUGCGUCGACGCGAAGAGUACUCUCCAUCAUAUUCACGGCUGGUGAGGGAACGAGAACGUGAACGGGCCGUCGGAGGCGAAGAUGGUGGUCUGGUUUGCGGGGGCCGGAGACAUCACGUGAUGAAGCUUCUCAAUAAGGUUGCCCGAGAUACGCCUCUGCAUAAAGUUAUGGUUGGAAACGAUGCUCGCCUGGCUAGCGGAGCGAUUUUAGGGAAUGGCUCUUCAUGCCUACUUGGAGCUGCAGCUGGAUUACGGGGGGCUUCCGGCUGCGACUCACGUCAAGAUCUGCCUUCGCUCUGUGGUGCUGCGGGUAAUGGCCCGAACCAUUCGAGUUCUGGAAAUGGGGCGCAGUACAUUGGAGGGCCUUCCGGACAUGCGGUAAUGGGUGGAGGUGACUUAGACGGGGGGAAGCUUGCGUCGCUACCCCCUGUUAAACUGAACAUCGCUAACAAAGUGAUCCAAGCGGCCACCGGCGUACAUCAUACGGUACUCCUGUUGGAAAACGGCAGCGUGUUAACAUUUGGAAGUAAUCAACAUGGCCAGCUUGGACAUGGUACUAGGUCACUGCGAGGUGCGCCUGGCCCAUUACAGGGGAUUCCCUCGGGAAUGCGGGCCGUACAAGUUGCAGCUGGAAGUAAUCACACCGUUUUAUUACUCGCCAAUGGUGCAGUUUAUACUUGUGGAAACCCUCUGAAUGGCCAGCUAUGCCGAUCAGAGGAGGAUUCUGGUAUUACGUUAUCAUCGGACGUGCUGUGGCACGCGGUAGCCGGCCCUGUGCCCGGCAUCGGAGCGCCACAACCACGACGCGCCACUUGGGUCGGCGCAUCAGGCGAUCACACUUUUAUCCGAAUAGACGAGAACCUGAUCGAUGCCAGGUGUCUGUCUCAGGCUCGUGUUACGGGAACACGUCACCUUAUCACAUUGGUGCCUGACGCCUCAUCAGGUUCAGACUACAGCUCUCUGAUGGUACAGCGUGCCAGUGGUCAGUGCAGAGGCCACUUUGGGUCUCACUCCGUGGGCAGUGACAACUGCCUUGUGCUUGAUCACAUCUAUGACGUCUUAUGGAGCUACAAGCAUUCAUCGAGGACUGUUAGCGUAUACCACACUGUACCUGGCCUUCCACUGCCUGCCACUGUACCUUCGCAGAGUGAAUUCGAAAUUAGCCGCCAACACGCUGCGUUGAGUCUGGUUCGUUUCGUAGAGUUGGCUGCCUCACACUCACAAGAACAGUUGGAAAGCUCAGCUGUAUUACCCGCAGCAGCAAGCUCCGCGGGUGUCGGAACUGGUAAAAGCAGUGUUGCAGGUCCUGCCGCACUGAUGGCAAGGAGAACUUUUACCAAUAACGAUUACCUAGUUGUGAACCGCUUUGAGAACCAUGGUGGUGGCUGGGGCUACUCGGGACAGUCAAUUGAAGCCAUUCGAUUCAUGUGCGACGCGGAUAUCAUACUUGGUGGAGUGGGCCUAUUUGGCGGUCGAGGAGAAUACACGGCAAAGUUGCGCGUCCUCGACCUUGGCGAAGACGGUGGAGAUCAGGAAGGAGACGGUGAACUUCUGGUCGACCUUGAUGAUCAGGCAUACGAAUGCCCGGCCAGACAAAAACAUCCGUUGCUUCUUGAUGUACCUAUCGCCUGUCAGGCUCAUCGUUGGUAUCUUGUAUGGGCUAGAAUCGCUGGUCCCUCGUCGGACUGCGGCUCUAUGGGUCAAGCAAUGGUGGUGACGGAGGACCAGGUGACCUUUUAUUUCAAGGGGUCCAAGCGUUCAAAUAAUGGAACGGAUGUUACUGCGGGUCAGAUACCGCAGUUGCUAUAUCGUCUUGCAUGCCCCGAAGCCCAAAGUGGAACUGGUAUUUCAGGUUUUACUGCGGGAUCGGAUGAGGAAGCACCCGUCUAUCGCUUAAGUAAAGACUUCUCCACAAGCAUUGACGCUGGAUGCUUCCAUUCGUUGCUUACGCUCAUCGAAUGGAUUUGGACUGAAUUACAAGAAGGUCCAUGCGUGAUUGCGGAACGUCUGUCCGAGCCAGUUCUAAGCUUGCUUCGGCAGUACGUCUCGCAAGUGCAUCCACAUUUGGUUACGUCAUCAUCAGCGUCAUUGGAACCUAUUUGCCGAGCUCUAUGGCUUUGCCGGAAAAUGCUAAAGAAAGUGCUUACAACAGGUUCAAAAGGAAGGCCUGCUCUUGAACAAUUCGUUAAAGAGAGCUGCGUAACCUUUUUGCACUGCUAUCAAACGUUUUACCCUACAGAUACAAUAAAGUGGCAGGGACUUGGUGAACUUCUCCUUCAAGAUCAAAAACCUUCUGAGAAGAAACACCAGACAGGUUUGUCUGCAUUAGGUGGAGCAACAUGUUCGUCUGGAAAACAACAGUGUCGUGAUUAUUCUCGGCUUCUUUCGACAAUUCUCGAUGCGCUCAGCAGUGCGCCGCCUGCAUUACUGGCUUCGAUGUUGCCAAAUCAGCUUUCAAAGGUUGUGCUCCAUGAGCGGGCUGUUUCACUGUUGGGAAAUGCAGCUAGUAGUAGCAGCCCGCCAACAAGUCCCAUGUCUUCCACUUUCAAUCACCAGUUACCGUCGACUCGAAGCGAUAGCAGCGAAGUUCCAGUUCUAUACGGAAAGUUACUGAACGACGCAAUGUCGGUACGCGACGACGAGGACAUUCGCAUUCUAGGUACCCUAACGUUUGCUGACGUCGUGGACAAACUGAUCAAGAUCAGCGUCAAUCCUUUGGGGGCUAUACUUGCGGAUGCAGCUAGCAAUGGCAGUGCAGGCUCUAACGGUUAUGCAUCUCACAACGGCGCGGCAAACUCGGCUAGACCUUUGCCGGCGGAUUUGGUGCACAACUCUUGCCGACUAUUGACUUCCAUCGUAUCAGAGAUGGCUGCCCGUGUAAUAGCCGAACGACCUUCAAUGCUGGAUGCAUCUGGUGGACACCAUGUCACCGCACUUAAUCCACUAGUUACCCCAUCUCGAUUUCAACGGCUUCAACCUAAUCGAAGCUGGAAUACCGGUAACGGAAGUCCGGACGCGAUAUGCUUUUCCGUUGAUCGAGCCGGCAUCAGUAUUGCGGGUGCUGUAAUUUACGGAACAUCCAUUGCUAGCCACGAUUGGGUGUACGAACUCGAUCUACAGGACUUUACUGCGGCAGGACCGGCGACAGCAAACGAGCUGCAAGUGGAACGGUGGACGUUGUUGGAGUCAGUUAGCGGCACCUUUGGGCCAGAGGACUGCACUGGCGAAAUGUUCGAAAUCAAGUUCGACCGAGCGGUACCCAUUAAGAAGAAUAUCCGCUAUGCCAUACGACUGCGAAACCACGGCAGUAAAACCAAUAACGGGGACUCUGGUGUCACCCAGGUGAAGGGUCCGGAUAACACAGUGUUCACGUUUUCUGAUUGUACAUUAAGUUACAAUGGAACGAAUCAUUCCCGAGGGCAGAUACCUCAAAUUCUCUAUUUUAAUACACCACAAGCAGCAACUGCAUCCAGUAAUACAAAUGGACCUGACAUCAGUGAUAGCGUGCAUAAUGCAGCUCGUGAUGCAGCCAGCAUGACACUGACUAUUAGCCAAACACUUGUCAACAUUGCGCACGACUAUAUGAAUAAGGCUGUUCAGGUGGGGACACUACAGGACACUGAAAGGCUUACGGCACUAGAGAGUACCAGCCUUGUAUCGCUGUUGUUACCAGCCGUAUUUUCUCAAUUGGUGAAAAUCGCAUCGUCCGACACUUCGGCUGCUGUUCGAGUAUUAAAUCUUGUAAAGAAGUUGCUUGAGAACGUUGUUAAGAUAAACAAAAAGCUUGAAAAGCACCGCGAAGUCGAUUGUCAGCUCGACGAACGCUAUUAUGCUGUGGUCGAAUCAGAUCACCCGUACAAGCCAGCAACCAUCUCCAGGUACCGACUCCAGUUUCCUAAUGAUGUCCAGUGGAUGUCCCUCGAGUUCGAUCCUAAAUGUGGUACUGCACAGGCCGAGGACUAUCUUCACGUCUACUGUGAAGCCAUGAAAGACACAGGGGAUCGUUCGGGAGACAAAGACAAAGAUUUCGAUUCUUAUUGGCUUGUGCUUAAACGGUUUUUCGGAAGCGAUAACUGGCCGACUGGCUCGAUUGUAUUGCCAGGCAAUUCUCUCUUGUUCUCACUUGAGAGCGCGUCCGAGUAUGCCAAAGAUGACAAAAACAGUAACUUUGGAUUCAGAUGCCAGGUAGUGGGUCACGGUAGUUCGGCAGUUCUGCCAAACAGCCUCGCGCACCUGGAGAAGGAGCUGGCCUAUCUCGCGGGGGAGUGUUGCUCUACGUUGCUCUGUCCCGAACCAGUGUUCGUGCACGGUGGCGUCAAAUUUGAUUCAGUGGACGUAGAGUUGUUUCGAAUAUUUCCUCAUGUCCUUGGCAGAGGUUUACCUCUGCAAAGGUGUCCUACGAUUGAAGAAGCCCUUACGAGCACUGUGCCUAUCGAAGCGGAUUGUUUAGAAAAAGCUUUUUUAAAAGAAUUUAUUUCCACUAAACCCGCAUCAUCCGGAGCCAAAUUAGCUAUGUAUCUCCAACCUGAAUCAUUCGUUGACCCCCUCAAAUGUGAGCUGCUGUAUAACAGGGAAGAACUUCAACGAGGAAUAACGUCGUCUGUAACCGUUAUCGUCAAAGAUCAGUAUUCUAAACUAUGUACCGUUCCAAAUCUAAAAGUCGAGAUCUUUGCCGUUCAGCUUAGCUGUGUAACGGCCACCAUAGGACCUCCGGUACGCUAUAAGGGUGAUUCUGCCCUCGGUGGACUGCUCCCACCAACUGAUGUACCCUACGAGGCCACGAUUAAAGACAAGUUUAUUUAUCACGCCAUUACUAUAAUGAAGGCGUAUGAGAGGUACUCGUUCGAAGAGCUGCGUUUGAUGUCACCGUUAAAACGUCAGGCUACGGAGAGUUUAAUGGUGAGUCAAGUCGGAGAUGUGUUUACAGCACACUGGACCCCAUCGUACGUAGGACGUUAUGAGCUCAAAGCGCUUGUCGAUGGCUAUCCGGUUCGAGGGCCUAUUGAAAGUGAUCCAGUAAUUGAGGUUCGAGAAUUACCCCAAGGGGCGACGUUGUCACAGCCGGCCCCUCAAGUUCGUAACAAACUCCAAACUUCGUCAUCAUUAUCUAAAGUCAGAAAGUUCAACACUAAGGAUUCGCAAGGCCUCCGUGUCAGAAGCGCUCCAACGCUUCAGGGAAGACAGAUCGGAACUGUACCUCCUGGAGGAUACAUCACGUUCAUCGAUGCGGUAGAAAAUGAUGAUGGUCUUUGGCUUCGUUUGACACCUGAGUCUGCGCAGCAGCACUGCCGACGGCUGUCACCCUCUCAGGCACAUGAGGCGUGGUGCAUGCAGUACCAUAACCACCUCGGCAAAACUUUACUCAUCCCUGCUGAAGACAAAAGUAGCGCCGAGGACGGCAAGAAUCACCAUCACCACCACAUCAAUGGGAUAAACGGGGGCCAAGAGAGUGUCAGGGAGCAAUUUGUGCGUCGAGGACCAGGUACCUACCAGGUGAUAAAAAGCGGUUCGUCUGGGCACAAUAUUCGAUCGAGGGCAUCCGUGCGUUCUGGUAAUCCAAUCGGUAUGCUUGUCUUAGGGAAUUACGUGACUGUUGUCGAGGAUCUCGUAAACGCCGACGGCCUAUGGCUGAGAUUGUCCAGGGACUCAAUGCAGCAUUACUGUGCCACGGCCGACGGUGAGGCGUGGACACUCGCCCAGAGUACGGCUCUUGGGGGGGGAGGCUGCACGUUUCUGGUGUUAGAAGGUGAGGGUUCAGAUGAGGCGCCCAGUGAGACCGAGGAAACGACAACGACAACCCGCGCUGAAAAGAAUUCCGCAAACAAUAGUAAAGGAUUUGACUUUUCAGCCACGUCACAGGGCUUCUUCACCUUUGGCUCUGGAACUUCGGAUCAUGACGCUUGCUCAUCGGGCUCGGUAAGCCCGUUUGUAUUCGGCAGUCUAUCGUCUACCCCGUCGACGUCGUUGCAUACGUUAAACACCGUUAGCGAGAUGGGUGGCGGACAUGAACAGUCGGAGCCGGGAGCACGGGCGCCCCAGACGACACCACAGCCUCCAGCAUCAUCAAUUGCAUUAUCACAAAAUCACACUCCCGACGAUCACUCAAAGACAGUGCUGCAGCGCUGGCUCAAGAAUAACGAAGACCACAUCGCUGAAGUGAAAGCUAGAGAUCCUCCAGCUGAGUUGCAAGGGGUGUCUGUUAAAGAGCUCGUAAAAGCAAUAGGAGAGAGUCGGGCCAAUGGGAAUGGUGCCACGCCACCGGCGACGCCCCCAAAGACGUCGCCAACCCCGAGACGAAGAGCAAGCUCGCCGCGUGCUGCUAAAAUGUUUUCCGAACAACCGGCUACAGCGGGGCAUCGCACGCCGCAGCCUGUAUCACCGCAACUGGCCAAAUGUCUUCAGGAGGAUCUGGGUCUGGCACCGCUGGCAAUCCAGCGCACUCCAUCAACGAGUCCAAAUCGAUCGUCGACGUCGUCAGCGCCAAGCAGUAGUAAUUCAUCAAUCACGGUAGCAACAGCCGUACGAAGUACCUCUAAAAGGAUCAGCCCUAUCGAAGCCUUGGCGCCAUCUGUGGCGCAAGCUGUGAGAGCUGUUUUUGCCGCAGUUUUAUGGUAUGAGGGCUUGACACCUGAGGCGAUUCGUGUUACUUCUUACAUAACUGUCAACAGCAAGUCCAACCACACGGUGUCAAUAGACGCCAAGGCAUCUCAGGACCCUUGUACUACUCAUCUACGGACGUUAUGGAAUAACGUUCUAUCCAACUGUAUGUUGGUUUUCAACUCGAAAUCGUCGUCAGAUAUUAAAGAUUUUGGAGCAUCGCCAUCGGAUAUAUACCACAAGGAUCGCCGACGACGUUCAGGGAAUAAAAGCCGAUUGUUGGUAUCGACGGCUCCAAACAUGUUCGGCAACGCAGCAGUCGCAGCCUCAUCAAUGGCAUCUUCUAUUAUUGGAGACGGUCUGCCUUCCAACGGCGUCUGUGGCCGUACAGGAGAGUCCAGCGGAGGCACCGUCUCUCUCGCUGGUAGUUGCGACAUGUGCGAUAUUACUGCCCAUCCCUCUGUUACGCAGCACAUGAAAGCUGCGCACCCCGGCUGUGGAGGUCCGUCCGGGGGAAAAGGAUACAACAGCAUUGGGAACUACUGUGGAGCCUGGAGCGGUAACUGCGGAGAUGGGGGAACUGAAACCUCAUGUUGGUAUCUGUUAUGCGAAGCCUGCCGGGCUCGAUACAAGGCAAAUGACGCGAAGAGACGGCAGAGUCAAAACACUUUGCUCAGCCAUUGCUCCGGUGGGGUCCACAGUGGUAAGGGUCUUGGAAGAGAAAUUCUCUCCCCCAUUGAUUCUUCCGAGAAGCAAAAAGUUGUCAUGCAGAACGCUUUGUUUGUCUUAAGUCUAUCUAGUCCAUGGGAUAACUGUGAUACAUCAAAGGGGACGCCAAAUGUAACCGUUUCCAACACAAAAGUUGGAUGCGCUCCAACAGAGGACGGCUCACCCGGUACUGCAAGCAAUAACAGCGGAACAACUUCCAGUGCUACUAAGCAUCCAUUCAGUGUUGAAAACGAGUUUGAAUUCGCUUCACUGGGGUCGUUGGGGGGAGUUGAUGAAGAACAGGCGAGAGCAGAUCGGACGGACAGUCAGCAGCUCAUUGAACAGUUCGCCCACGACUACCUAUCACAGGGCGCUGUAGCCGAACUGUUGUCGACGGAGCGUGCGCGUCAUUCAAUGCCACCGGUUGUAACGGCAAACAAUCCAUCUGCUGCCUCCACCCCUUUGGGACCGCGAACCUUUCAUCGUUCUGUAUCAAUAUCGAUUUCUGACUGGCGACGGAACCGGCCCUCACCAGAUUCAGGUCCCCCGCUAACCCUACUCAAUGCCGAGUCACGUCUUGCUGCCCUUGCUACUGAGUCCUCAAGAAUCCUGCCAAUAGUCCAGUUUGUCACGAUCUUCAAUGCCGACCUUGAUACUGUUCGAUCAAUUAUGAUCGAGGCUGUUCGCCGCCUAACGUGCCGUGUAUAUGCACUCCAGGCUCUUCGCUGGCUACUGCACAACGUAUCACAAGCAACAUGCCUGCACGAUAUUCUAUGGUGCUUUGUUAGUUCAUUAAGCACAAAUAACGGUCCUUGUGCUAGCGGCGGGGCUGCCACUAGCAGUAUCAGUAAUUCUCUUAACGGAGGCGCUGGUGGACCCUCCGCGUCCUCUAUGGCUGCGGCGGCGUCUGCUGCAGUCGUCCAAGCUGCGGCGCCUGGACAAGCAGGCCAGCAGCAUUUCGUAGGCGCAAGUAGUGGCCCGAUUGGUCCGGGUGUCUUGCAAAUGCAGGACAUUCAUGGUGCAGCUGCUGCAGGACCAACUGUAGUGAAACCGGCAGCGGGGUUAUUAGGACAGGCCGCCAACCGUGGACAGGACCGGGACAGGGACAAAGAAAAAGAGCGUGGCGACAGCAAGGAUAAGGAAGACGAAGGAGUCUGUCUCUGCGAUCAUCCGCUGGAGAGUCUCGCCUUUGCAGUCAGCCAGCAAACUGCUCUGCCUCUGCAGACGGCAUUCCACAAUUUCCUCGAGUCCAUUUCUCUUUUGAUGGCGCAUCUGCGAACACCGUCGCCCCUGCAACAAAUGGCGGUUCGUUGCUGGUGCUUCCGGUUUUCCCCUCAAGAUCAUCUGUUCCUUCACUCGUCACAAGUUUUCUCUAACAUUUCGAAGAUUCUUAGCCACGCGGAAGAACAGCCCACGGCUAAUCAACGGAGUCAAGAUGAUUCUCGAGGUGUUUCUAUUCAACUUCUGAGAGAUAUCACCUCCCAGUAUGAAGUAACCACAUCUUCAAGGCAGGCGAUGGUCAAUUCGCUUGUGGACGGUUCGACUGAAACUUUCUGGGAGUCAUCGGACGAGGACCGCAAUAAAACCAAAUUUAUACAGGUCAAAGCGCUCGGUAGUGAUGACGCACAUUAUGUGGCUAUCCAUAUCGAUAACACGAGGGACGUCCAAAAUAGGGUCGGACAUGUCAGUUUCAAGGUUGGUGACGAGUCUUCUCUAACGAUCGUGCGAACUGAAGAAGUAAGCAACACUUUUGCCGGUUGGGUGGGCGUCGAAACAUCGGGAAAAAAUGCAGCCGGUGCUCGAGUUGUUCGUGUCGAACUUAAAGGUCUUGAUCAAUCGUUGAGGAUUCGACAAUUAAAGGUUCUCGACAAGCCAGGUCCUAUACCUGAUAGCAAAGGAAUAACAACGCCCGAAGUAAUUCAGCACGGAAACUGCGAGGCGGAAACACUCAAGGUGUUCCGUAUUUUAACGUCACAAGUAUUUGGAAAGUUGAUCUCUGGAGGGGCAACCACAUCGUCGUCAACGGACGGCAGCACUGAUCUCAAAGAGCAUAUGGUUGGCAUACUAUUUAGUCGCAGCAAUCUUACUCAGCUGCAACGACAGGUGUGCGCACAUAUCGUAGCUACGAUCAAAAAAGAGACACAACGAGUACGUGAUGACUGGGAGCUGUCCCUGUCAAGCAGCUCGGCAUCCCAACUGGUCCCACAGUCGGACGCAUACUGUUUCGAAAUGUUAUCGAUGGUGCUAGCUCUUUCUGGCUCCUCUGUCGGCCGCGCAUAUCUAGCCCAGCAGGCUGGGCUUCUACGAGAUUUGUUUUCAUUGCUCCAUACGGGAUCAGCGCGAGUACAGCGGCAGGUGACAUCCUUGCUGCGGCGAGUCCUCCCCGAGGUUUCCCCACAAGUGCUAGCUUCGAUCCUUCAGGUGCCCAGUUUACCCACGGAGGACUACUCAAUCAUCGGCCUUGGUGGGGAAGAGGAGCAGCCGGAACCGCUCGAUUUGCAUCGGCCGGGCAUUUUAGAUGUUCUGCUAGCAUGCAUUGCCAAGGCAAUUACAGUACAGAUUAAGACAAAAGGCUCUGGUGGCCCCUCUCAUAUGGGGCCUGUUACAUCUGGGCCUAUGGAUCAGGGAUUAAAAAGACAAGCAUCAUCAGCGGUCAGUCUGGCGACGGCUAUCCAUCCAAAGGACAAUGUAGGCAAUCGCUGGUGGCUGCGUGGUUGCUCAACUAGAAAACAUGCCCAGGUCAUAAUACAGCUAAUCAGGGAUAUGUGCGCAGGUUUACUGACAGAGAGCUGGGCUUGCGUUGCCAAAAGCGCAAUUGCUGAGAAUAUCAUUCACUUGACGAGACUAGACAAACGCUUUCGGGCCAACCCGCAAGAGUGUAUUAAGAUACCCACAUUGUGGUUAUGUCUUGCUUCGCUCUGCGUCCUCGAUAAGGAACAUGUAGAACGGCUCUCAUCGGGCCAAUGGAAUCGUAAAGAUUCACAACAAGAAAAACCAUUAUGUGAUAACCAUGAUGAUGGCGAAACAACGGCUAUUAUCCAAUGUAGUGACUGCGGGAAUCUGUGCUGUGAGUGCGAUCGAUACCUUCAUUUGAAUCACCGCCGAACCCGGCAUCAUUCGCGGCAAGUGUUUAAGGAAGAGGAGGACGCCAUCAAGGUCGACUUACAUGAAGGGUGUGGCCGGACGAAAUUGUUUUGGCUAAUCGCGUUAGCUGAUUCCAAUACACUGAAAGCGAUGGUAGAAUUCCGGGAGCAAAGUGCCGUUGGUGGAAACGCCGCAGUGGGUUCGUGCCGCUUUUGUAAAGCGCCCCUAACGUCAUCGACGAACUCGGCUCUCGGAGCUCUUGGAGCAUGCUCAAGUCCUGAAUGUAUCCAGAACGCACGGCGGGCCUGCACGAAACUUCAUCCCUGUGGCCACUUCUGCGCGGGUGUUCUAAAUGAGGAGAACUGUUUGCCCUGUCUUCAUGGAUGCCAGCGAAAAGAACUUCGCCAGGACGCAGAUGACAUGUGCAUGAUCUGUUUCUCAGAGGCGCUUUGUUGCGCUCCCGUGAUCAUGUUAAAGUGCGGUCACAUUUUCCACCGGCAGUGCACUGAAGAUGUUAUUGAUCGCCGUUGGCCAGGACCUCGCAUCACAUUCAACUUUGCGCUUUGCCCAAUUUGCAAGGCUCCUAUCGAGCACACACUGCUCCGUGCGCUGCUCCAGCCCGUGUGGGAGUUGCGUGAGGACGUCCGACGAAAAGCUCUGAUGCGUCUUGAAUACGAGGGUCUGCAGGCCAACAAGACGCUCUCCCAACACGAGCGGGUCUCCUACGCCAUGGAGCGAUAUGCAUACUAUGUUUGCUACAAAUGCAAAAAGGCCUAUUUCGGUGGUGAAGUGCGCUGCGAGCUGGAGGCAGGAGGCGCCGGCGGUGGCGGCGACGACGGAUAUGACGCUCGUGAAUUGGUGUGCGGCGCCUGUUCCGAUGUUUCAUCGGCGCAGAUGUGCCCCAAACACGGUGCAGACUUCCUCGAGUACAAAUGCCGCUACUGCUGCUCGGUAGCCGUAUUUUUCUGCUUUGGCACGACACAUUUUUGCAAUCCGUGCCACGAAGACUUCCAGCGUGUCACCAACGUGCCCAAAAUUCAACUGCCCCACUGCCCUGCAGGUCCGAAGCUAAAACAGUUGGAAGGCGACGAAUGUCCGCUUCACGUGAAACAUCCUCCAACGGGUGAAGAAUAUGCUCUCGGAUGCGGAGUCUGCCGAAACGCACACACAUUCUAAACCGCAACGCAGUAAGAACGCCGUUAACUAAAUAAAAAAAUACAAUGCAGCUAGAUCCACCGCUAUGCCGCCAACAAGUUAUCGUCAAUUUAGCAUUCAGCGGAAGUACACGCGAGCGAACACCACAAAGCGACAUUUAAAUAGUGAAAAAAGAAAAGUGUCUAAAGUUUUCCGCCAUUAGCAGGAGACUGGAAUCGAUUUCUGCAAAACUUAUCGGUCAAGAAGACGAGAUGCUAACGUGUAAGAACUUUGGUAUGACACAAAUCCAUUAAAUAGCUUGUGUUUACUAGAGCCUGCCAGCCGUGUACGCCUAGUGGACGCUUUUUGUUUGAAAUCAAACUUUUUUUUUGUCGAGCUAGUUAAGGUGAAAAACAACAACAACAGUAUGGAAAGCAUUACUUCUUCCAUAUAACGGAGAGACAACGAGAAGCGAGCUAGAUGCGUAAUUUCUGCAAGGGUUUUCUUGGUAGCGGAAACUCGAUUCAUCGUCGCGCCGAGUUUUUGAGGCAGGCGCGGAGAGACAGCUAAAGAGGGUAGGGUUUACAUAAACAUAUUAAUAUGAUUAUUAUUAAAAUAGGUGUGCUAGUGCUAGUCGACAGCGGAGGAACUGAUGCUUGAGAGCAGCAAGUGAUAAAAGAAAGCACGAGAUAAUCCUAAGAUACGUUAUGAAAAAAGGUAAACCGUACGAGAUGUUUAUUUAUGGGUUUAUAAACAGUUUUAAAAUGGGGAUGAUGGAGUUGAGCUUUCCACGCCCACAGUCUUCUAUGGAAGAUAACUACUAGGGGCCAAGUGUUAGUCAGGCAAGUGACAGUCAUUCGGGAUAAUGUGAAAAAGCAAAUGAACAUGUGCAACCGACAGUGCAUAAAUAUAAUAUGCGAUACAAAUAUGAGCAGUAGGCAGAGUGGUAAUGAUAAACGUGUGCUAAAUUCAUACGUGUGAAUGAAAGGAACCGGGACACCAUUAAUAAAAUGAAAAUAGCCUGGGUCGAUUUAUGAGGCAACAGAACAAAGAGAUGAAAAUGUGGAAGGGUGAUACCUUCGAAAAGACACCUCUAGCGCAACAACACAUGCCACAUAAUAAUGCAUACAAUUAUAUAUAUAUACAUAUAUAUAUUUAAACACACUGAGAAACCUAGAUCUAAAGGGUGUUUUGCUCAGACGCGUGGCUGCAAAUGGCUUUAUGGAAUAUAAAUGCCUUUUAACAAAGGGAGUGAGAGAACGUAAAAAAGCGCCUACGUUCUGCGACUUAAUACUACAAAUGUCCUAAACUUUAAUUUCGAUCUAACUAAUUAAUA